CAUUCUCUGAUUGGACCCUAUUGGGAAUUCCGGGUCUCGGCGGAAGACACACAACCGUGGCGGAAGAUUACGUCACAUACGUGGAUGAUGGCGGUUGAUUUGACUCCGAGGUUUAGAAGAUUGAACAGUCAAUCACGGAUACUUCGUGAAAAUAUUCAACCUGCCUCAGGAUAUUCCAGGCCGUUCCGUGCCACCCAGCUGUGGCAGAACAUCAUCCUAGCGUUACAGUCGCAGGUGGAGGUGCGGAGGCGGAGGAAGCAUCUGCGUGUCCACCCGAACUGCUUCACAGGCUCGGACGCGGUGGACGCCGUGCUCAGCCAUCUCAUGCAGAACAUUGUGUUCGGCGCCAGUGAGGUAUCCCGUCUCAAAGCUGCGCGGCUCUGCCAGGCGCUCAUGGAGGCCAGGGUGUUUGAGUCGGUGGGGACAAAGCUCUUUCGCCGUGAUAAAGAAGCUCUGUUUGAGGACAGCAGCUCUAGCCUCUACCGCUUCCUGGAUCGCAGUGUCCUGCCGGGUUCUUUCCAGAAGGCCGAUGGUUGCGGAGAUGGGGAGAAGGUGAAGUCAGAGAGGCAGGAUGAGAAGAGGAAGAAGGGUUCCAGAUUAGCUGAGAUGAGGACUAUUUCGAACCCCUUGGCUGUGGGCUCCUCAGACAGGAGGGUCGAGAGGUUAUUCAAGACCAUCAACUUGCAACCCAUCCUCCCGGCGUCCCUGAACACAGCUCCCUCGGCUCCCUUCCUCUCCAAGGCUGUAGUGGAGGAGGUGUGGAAGCAGCAGACUCUUCUGCAGCUCCUGCAGGUGGUGGAGCUUCCCAUGCUGGAUUGCAUCCUGACCUCCCCUGCCCGGGCCCGGCCUCAGGCUCGGGGCUCCGUGUCCACCCGUCAAGACCUGGUCAUCUCCAACACCUGCCUGGACCGACAGCUACCGCAGAGCCUCAACCUGCCACAGCUGGAUGCGUGGCUGGCCGCAGCAGCAGACUGCCUAGAACACUUCCCCGAUCAGCUCAUCGUGGCGGCUGGGGAGCACCUCCAACAGCAGGGGGGUGAAGGCCCGGCAAAGAAGGAGGGGGCCCAGAAGAGACUACUGUUCGACACCAUUGCCAAGUACUACAGCGGCCAGGAGCGGGCGCCGCUCCUCUCAAACCGCUACCUGGAGGUCCAUGCUGGCAUCCUUGGUCUGCUGGACUGCGGCAAGACGGCCGAGGGCACCAGGGCGUGCCAGCUGUGUUUACGCCUGUUGGAGCCCGGAGCCAGAGACGAGCUGAGGAGACUCCUGGCAUUCAUGGCCGUAGCUACCCAGCCGGAGGCUUACCGUCUGCACAAGCAGACUGAAAACAGGGCCCUGAUCAGCAGAAUGUUCCAGAAAGGAAUCAUCCAGAACAAGGAUCUCAGCCGUUCCCAGAUUGAGACUCUGGUGCUGUUCCUCAUGGACAACCACACUCAGCUGUUCAAGACCCCCAUAUCACUGAUUGAAGCUGUAAGGAGGACACUGCAAACCCUGCAACUGGGUAGAGACCCGGACUCCAUUGCCAUGUUCACCUUCUGCCAGCAGGUGUCCCCACAGCAGUACGAGGACCAACGCGACGCGGCCACGCUGGACAGCCUAAAGCAGCUGCUGCAGCAGGUGUCCCUGGACGCCCGCCUGUCCACUAAGGACAGGGGCCGGCUGGUCAAAGACUUCCAGAGGCACCACCCCAUGGUCUUCCUCCAGCACUUCUCCUCCACCUUCUAGGUGG